CUUGCUCUGUUUCAGACUUGGCUGCACUCUAUAACCAUUCACAAAACGACUUCGUUUUUCUCACCCCCAACAAAUUUAACACAACGAAAAUUUUCAAGGAGGCCUAUGCAAAUUGGUCAAUCUCACUGAUUUCCCAGGUGGGUUUUUUGAGUUUUUUGGAGAUUAGAGGAUGGUUUUGGUGUUGGCCUUGGGGGAUUUGCACGUACCCCAUAGGGCACCUGAUUUGCCUGCUAAGUUCAAGUCCAUGCUUGUACCUGGCAAGAUCCAGCACGUCAUUUGCCCUGGAAAUCUUUGCAUCAAAGAAGUUCAUGACUACUUGAAGACUCUUUGUCCUGACUUGCAUAUUACUAGAGGUGAAUACGAUGAAGAGAUGCGCUAUCCAGAGACCAAGACACUGACUAUUGGGCAGUUUAAGCUGGGACUAUGUCAUGGUCAUCAGGUUAUUCCUUGGGGUGACCUAGACUCACUGGCCAUGCUCCAGAGGCAGUUGGAUGUAGACAUUCUUGUAACAGGUCACACUCAUCAGUUUACGGCUUAUAAGCAUGAAGGAGGUGUUGUCAUAAACCCAGGGUCUGCAACUGGUGCCUACAGCAGCAUCACCUAUGAUGUUAACCCUAGCUUUGUCCUCAUGGACAUCGAUGGCCUACGAGUUGUGGUCUAUGUUUAUGAACUCAUUGAUGGAGAGGUUAAGGUUGACAAGAUUGAUUUUAAGAAGACAACCACUGCAAGUCAUUGAAAACAAUUUAUGUUUUAGUUAUUUAGACCUUUUCUUUCAGCUUCCUCUUCCCUUUUUUUUUUUUUUUAAUUUUCUUUUUUGCCACAAAACUUUCUUGGGAUUUCUGAAAAUCCAAUCUGUUUGUGAUAUAUGGUGAUCACAUUAUUUGUUUCUGUAUGAUAGUGGAAAUAUUUACCUUUUUAUUAGUAUUGCCCAUUUUGCAUAA